AUGCAGUCACAAGCACCAUCACCGCGGUUGAAAACCGGCAAUAACCUCGUGGUCCUAGCAACCAGCAAUUACAGCUCGGCGAAGCACCUAAUCCGUGUGCUAGUCGAUAACAUGGUAAAGUAUAUAAUUGUCCCUGAUGAGGUACCAGACGGCUGGCAAUUCAGGGCAAAUGGUAGUCUGUCCAGUCUUCCUCCUAUUCCUCGAGGAAACGGAAAGUAUUACCGUCUGGAGCGAACAGGUGAGACGACAUGUCCAUUUUUCCCGCGAACUACUAAUGUUCCUGAGGAAAUUGACAGCAUAACGGAUCCAAACGUUCAUCACGAUAUCCAAAUCAACUACGCAGAACUUCAAAAGGUGCCUUCCCGAAUUCAAAAAUGGUCUGACAGUCAUAACAAACACUUCACAGAAAGAACCACCGCUGUGACACACCCUUCUUUCAAGAACGACAUGGUGAUGCGCAUUGUUGAGUUCCCCGAAUCCUUGUGGAAACCAGAGGUAAAUAGUCCUGGGGGCCGACGUCUGACACUCACAGAAAGGAUGACAACGGAGUUCCUCAUUCAACAAAGGGCCGCAUCUAGAGGGCUUGCGCCCGAAAUUACCGGGCUUGUUACCGAGGCUGGCAGGGGUAUCAUCGGCUUCUUGUCUGAGUUCGUUCAUGAUGGGAAAUCUGUUAGUGACUACUGGACGUCUCACGGCAAGCAAGAGCUGGAUGACCAAGAUAUCGAAGCAUGCCUUCAGUUAGCCAAAGGUCUGGCUCGGCUUAAUAUUUAUCACGGUGAUCUCACGCCCAGCAACCUCAUACGUCGAGAUGAUGGAACAGUCCUCGCAAUUGACUUUGAAUUCGCUACGGAUUCUAGUAGUCUUAAAGAUGGCUCUGCACGGCAGGAGGAUGAGUUCAAUGACCUUAGACUCAUGUUGAUCAGGAAUACUCUAGCCUCUGGGGAUUCCUCAAGUGAUGAAGCUUUGCAGUAG